AUGAAGGCCCUGAUUACAACUAAGAGCUCUCAGUUUACUGCAUGGGUCGGUCUGUUCAGAGACAGCUGGAGGUGGUCAGAUUGGAGUAAUUCCUCUUUCAGAUACUGGGAUGCAGAUAAAUUGAUCCUGAUCAAAGAAAACAAGACCUGGGAGGAGGCCUUGGAUUACUGCAGAGAGUCUCACAGGGGACUGGUCUCCAUCACUAACCCUUACCAACAGAGAUGGGUGGAGGUGAUAGCCAAGAAUGCCUCGAGUCCUUUUGUCUGGCUCGGCCUGCGCUACUCCUGCACUCUGGAUCUGUGGUUCUGGGUCAAUGACAAGCUGGUCUGUUAUGAGAAGUGGA